AGGAAGCAGUGGAUAUCAUGUGCAUUACUUUUUUCAGGUUUUACAGCUAGUUAGCGUGUAGUUAAAUGGUCACAUGAUGCCGAGCACGAGCCGACACCGGCUGUAAGGUGCAUUUAGCCUCAUCAGAAAACAAACGUAUUCUGGAGUAUUUUAAAUUAAGCAGAGGAGUAAAUAGAAGUGUAAACAUGCUGAAGUUAAAGCCAAAGUUUGACCUGCACAGAGAUGUGGUUUCUGACAUUCUCAGGAAAGAAGCUUCGGUCUGCAGGGUGAAAGAAUACUCUGGAGCAGUGGACACCCGGAUCCUAAACAUCGAGAGGGAUGGUGGCAUCCUUUACUCCUGGAAGGGAGCAACAGGGACUACCAGGAUUGGGAAAUUUGACUCCAACACCAAACAGAACAAGCCUCUGUACACAUUUGACAAGCAGGUGUGUGUCAGCAGCUGCUCCCUGAACAAGGAGGAGACCCUGUUAGCUGUCAGCUUGGCACAAAACACCAGAGGAAAGGAGCGCCUCAAACCAAGUAACACCCGAGAAAUCAGCAGUUUUAAUUUCCCCCGUUACUUUCUUCAAAUCAUUUCUCACAUUCUGUGCGUUUUAGUUUCCAAGUGUCUAACCCUCCUGAUCGAGAUCCAUCCCAUCAACAACACAAAAGUCCUCAAGGCUGUAGACUGCAGGGUCAAAGUGCAGUUCUUGCACGCAGAAACUGACAGGAGAUCAGUGCUGGAGAGCCACCUGCUGCUGUUGACUGAGGACGGAUAUGUGGAUCUCUACCAUGUUCUGCUGACCAAACAGGAGGGUUACAGAGUGGUGAUGGCCAAUCCCGAGCGUUUGUUAAAAACAGCAGAGAGGGUCGUGGAGGACUUCUGCUGGCUCCAGUGGGACGGACACACACAACGAGUCUACUAUCUCACGCAUAGUGCAACACACACUCAGGACAAGUUUCUCAUGAGAUGUGUGCAGUUUUACCCCAACCAUAACUGCGAAACUAUGUUGGAAUUCCCAUUAGAGUUUCCUGCCAAUCUUUUCCGCACAGUCAACUUUGUAAAUCUGGGUUUCGACCACUAUCACGAGAAGACACCAGAGCAGGAGCCCCUGAGCAUGAAAGUGUUCACAAACAUUAUAGGAAGCAUGUGUGUGUGCUACAGCCAGCAUCUUAAAGCCAAACAAGAAGUGAGCUACACUGUGCUUUUAGUCCACAAAGACUGCAGCAAGACGUUCAGAGUGUCUCUGGGCAGCGACCAGAAGGCCACACAUCUCCAUCCGCUCUUCAUUCCUAUAGGUUACCACAUCCUGGUGUAUCUGCAGGACCAUUUCCUCCACUGUAUCAACACCAGGCAGCAGGAGAUGCUCUGUCACUCCCUCUUUCUCUCAGGUCUCGAGAUGGACCUGGGCCUGCAGUGUCAGUCCGCUGACGUCACAGUGUUGCACUCAGAAGAACAGUCCAGUGGGAGUCUGCUGGACCUGGCCAGCGGCAGGGUCCACGAUGCCGAUCUGAGCCCUGCCUUCCUGCUCAAGAUACUGCGAGUUCCUUCCAGGUGUCCCAGCAGCAAGACUGACCCUCAGCGCAUGGCCGCCCUCCACUGCCUGCUGGUGUACAUGGGAAACGACCCAAACCUGGAGCUGAAGAUCAUCGAGUGGCUGUGUGACAACGUGAACGCCUUCGACUCCUUCGAUCAGAUCCAGGAGUUCAUUCUAGCAUCUCUGUACAGAAUAAGCUAUGAGAAGUCUCUCAGCCUGGAUAAAGUCCUGCCCUACUCCUCUGUGCUUGACAAGAAGGAUAUACCAGCGUGUCUGUUGGAGGUCCCUGGUAUGUUGUGUACCACUGAGCUGCAUAUUGAACCUGUGUUCAAAGGCAAGGCCAGAAGUCAACAGGGUUUCUGGUCUGAGCUGCAGUGGAACACGGAGAGGACAAAAUAUCUGGAUGCUGAUCCCAACCCCAGAUACAGAACCUCCCACAUACAAGCCAACUGGGAUAAACUGAGGGCCGAGAGGAGAGCAUCCAGCCACAUGAACCACAUCGAGGAGAACACUAAGAAAGUUCUAUCGAUGGUGGACACCUGGUGUCUUGAUAAGAAGCUGGUGCCACUUUUCCAGGAGGAGGACCAUCAACACAGGGCGCUCAUAGGCCUGACGGUUGACAAGCUUCGAGAGCAUCUCAACAGACACCUUCCUCGACUGGGGAAGAAGAAGAUUGACUCGCUGGUUGUCAACUAUGUGGCCAAACUGCUGGAGCUCAUCAGACACAUGCUGGAGUCUGCCUGGCUGAAGUUCAAGCUGGGCCCUCGUGUUCUGUGCUUAACACAGCAGGGCAGUCCCGGGGAGUGGUCCGUGUUUCACUUCAUGUUUCGGAUCCUGGAAGCAAUGAGGGGUCUGUGCCUGCCCCUCCCACCUGGCUAUCACACUCUAUUAGCGGUGUUUGCUGUGCGCUGCCUCCCUCAGCCCACCUUCCUACAGUACAUUGAUCACGGCUUCCUGCAGCUCACCGAGACCUUCGUGUCCCGCCUCAUGACAGAUUUGGACAAUAGCGAUGCCAAUGAGAGACUGAAGUUCAGCAUACUGAAGAGACUCCCUGAGUCUAUGGAGCAGAGGAUCUACCAUAUGUGGGACCAUCCUGUCAGUUCAGCUUGGAUCUCCAGAGAUUAUGUCAGGACUCAGCUGGAGAAACUCAACAAAAGCAAGGGAUUUGCAUUCAGCGGCAGAGACAAGCCAGGCUUCAGACCUGAGUUUCUGCCUCUUACCUACUUGGCAAAAAUACUGUCUGAUAUAGAGGAGCAAGCUCCGAACCCUUUCGAAGAGCAGGAGAACGUGGACGCCAGGUUCGUGGAGGAGACGGCUCUGAAACAGACACUAAUACUGCUGGGCUUUGAGGAAAAAUGAAACGGGAGGGUGGAUGGAGGGAGAACAGAUGAGGGGGAAAAUGUGUCUAAGAGAAAAGUCAUAAUUGACUCGGCCUUCAGGAUAAGUAACCGAUGGAUGGAUGACGGAGGGCAGGAAGUGAAAGAUGACGGGGGAGAUUGAAAGGCAGGGCGCUCAUAAACAAGCUCUCACUGUUGGAUGAUAGAUGGGCGGAGGAAAGAUGGAGGGAGACGCCCAGAAAAGAAAAAUGGAGGGGAGAAAAUGAGGCAGAAGGGACUAAAUAAUCACGCUCAUUUUUUACAGUGAGAACGAAGGCAUGCGGGGAACAUCAUGGACAGUUUUGAACACAAAAGAAAACACGGGUUAAUCUUUCGGAAGUUGUUUAAUCCAGUCGGAGUCAACAAUUCAAUAUUUUAUUGAAAAUCAAUAACCCGGCAGCUAUUAAUAUGAAUUGUUGCGGCAACAAUUCUCUCCAUAACUUCUCCAUUUUCUCUCAUGCAAUUUAUGAAUAUUGAUGUCAAACAGUGUUUAUAAAUCAAACGCACUGGUUUUAUCUUCCCGCGCUACCCGUCAUGCCGCCGCACUCCAUCUACUUGAUUACAUGCUGACACGAGCUCUGCACACACAGCGGUCAGUCAGCUGCUGUGCGUUCAGUCUGAUAUUAACUCUUGAGUUAUUCGCAGUGUUUACAGCUGAAUGGGAUGGGGUAUAACUCAGCGAGAGUACCUGGCAGAUUUGAAAUACAAUCCCCCAACCAGAUAUUAAGUCAUACUAAACUAUGAAGAAAUAUGUCUGGAAUAUUUGGGAAAUGCACGGUUUGUUCCUGUCUGACGAAUGGACAAAAAGGGCUGGGUGUUGUUUAUAGUAAUGCUUAAAUACCUGAUGAUUUUUGAGAAAUAUGAAUCUGUUUUUGCUCAUGUUGAACAUUGUCUAAAACACAAGCGACUGUAAGAACGAUAGCAAAAGUAAAUACACUUUUGGGAUCAAUAAUAAGUAACAUAUUCUAAGUACAAAAUGAUAAAUGACCUUGAUGAAUAUAAAUACCCUUUUUCUACAGAAGCUUUAACCAAAGUUUCUAAUGUUGAACAUCCUCUCAAACACAAGCGUCCUAAAUAGUCUAAAACAGGCGAAAAGAAAACUAGUUAUAACACCAAGUACCAAAUAAUACAUUCCCUUAAUAAAUAAAUAUAAAUAAAUGUUUCACAUAAGGUUUAGCCACAGUUCUCUUCUGUUGGGCAUUGUCCAAUAAUAAUUCAAAUGUAAUAACUGGCAAAAUGUUGAUUUAAAGUAAGUAAAUGUUCCAUAUAAAUAUACAUAUUUAAAUUCAGUAAAAUACAGUUCAACUUUUGAGAAUAUAUAAACCAGGUUCAAACAUAUACUGACACUUCUAAAAUCUUUCUCCUCUCCUAUGUUCUACUUAUUUCUAUAUGUAUGAGCUGUGGCUUAUGAUGGACAAUUAGUUUUCAACACUGCUUUUUAUUUUAUAUUCAUACCCUACAAAAUGUACGGUACGCUAAGCUAAUAUCUAUUUAGUUUAAUACACGGGGGUUAAACAGCAGACGUCGUCAUCUGUAAAGUAACUGCAUACAUUUUGUAUAGAGGUCUAUAAGAUGCUUUACACGACAUCGAAUCUGCAAGACAGUACUGGGUUAACGAAGAGUCCUUAGAAAGUUAAAUUGAGGGAGAAACACUGACUAAACGUCUGGUUUGAAUACUGAAGGAGAAUGUCUUUGUUAGUGUUGUGUGUUUGUGUGUGUGUGUGUGUGUGUGUGUGUGUGUGUGUGUGUGUGUGACGUAUUCAUAAUCCCUUUUAUAGUCAGCGUUGGCACCAACUGAGACUGAAUACCAGAGAUUAGAAUAUUGACAUCUCAUGUUUUACUUUCAUUUGAGCAAUUACAACACAUUCCUCCGGCGGGGGGGGGGGGGGGGCGUGUUUAAACGAAAAAUGUUUUGUAAGAUUAUAUGUAAAUAAAGAGAUUUUUUCCAA